AGGGUCCAAUCAUUCUAAAAUUGUUUAAUUUAAUUACAUUUGUUAGAAUUAGGAUUUGUGGAUGUAACUUUUUCUUUCUAUUUUUUUUUCUUUGCAAUUUCUUUGCGUUUACUUUCAAGACACUUCGAUGGCCAUCAUAUCUACGCAAAAUAAUUGAAACUUCCUUGCUUUGAGUCGCCUUUCUCAAAUAAAUUCUGGCUUUGCUCUGUUACAAAACUAAAAAAAAAAAUUAUCACUUUGCUGUGGGAGAAUUAGUUGCUGAAUCCUUCUCUUCUCAGUUCUCAUCAGUAAGGGUGAAGAAAGGAAAAUUUUCUCAUCUUUUGAGUUUAUCGCAUUGAUUUUCAAGACACUUCAAUGGCCAUCACAUCCACGCAAAAUAAUUUAAACUUCUCGCUUUGAGUUGCCUUUCUCAAAUUAGUCCUUCCUUUGCUCUGUUAUGGAACUAGGACAAAUUUGCUCGUUGAUAAGUGGGAGAAUUAAUUACUAAAUCCUUCUCAUUUUCGUUCUCAUCAGUAAGAGUGAAGAAAGGAAAAUUUUCUCAUCUUUUCAGGAGUUUGCUUCUCACAACUUGGAAGGGGGAAAAAUGGAGAUUGUUAUUGGCAUCCUUAGCUUUAUUGCCACAGCUGCAAAGCACACCAUCUCUCCCAUAAAAAACCAUAUCAAACACCUUUCCAAUCAUGAGAACCAGGUUCAGACCCUCAAGAAUCAAGCUGAGAGCCUGAAGGAUAGAAGAGAAAGAGUGCGGCAUUCCGUUGAUGCUGCUAACAGAAACGGGGAAGAGAUCGAACAUGAUGUUGACAACUGGUUGACUAAAGUCGACAAGAAGAUCGCUGAAGAAGUAGAGAAAGUAAUGCAAGAUGAAGCAUAAGCAAAGAAAAAGUGUUUCAUCGGCUUGUGUCCUAAUCUCUGGACUCGUUACAAGCUUAACAAGAAAGCUGAAGAGGAGGCGAAGGCUGUUGCUGAGCUACUUGAGCAGGCCAAAUUUGACAGGGUUUCUUUUCGUGCAGCUCCACAAGGUAUCAUUGCCGCAUCAGUUAGAGGUUUUGAAGAAUUCGAGUCAAGGACGUUGGUUUUGAAUGGAAUCAUGGAGGCACUGAAAGAUGCUAGUAUCAACGUUAUAGGGGUGCACGGGAUGGGUGGCAUAGGAAAGACUACGCUUGUCAAAGAAGUUGCUAGACAGGUCAAGGAAGGCAAGUUAUUUGAUUCCGUGGUUAUAGCAACCGUAACUCAGACCUUUGAUGUUAAGGGAAUUCAAGAUCAAAUUGCAGAUUUAUUGGGUUUAAGAUUCGAGGAACAGAGUAUGGUAGGAAGGGCACUUCGACUGCAAGAAAGAUUGAAAAAAGAGAAGAAGAUUCUUGUUGUUUUGGAUGAUUUAUGGGCAAGAUUAGAUCUUGAGGAAGUUGGGAUUCCUUUUGGAAAUGAACAUGAGGGAUGCAAGAUUCUGCUGACUUCUAGAGAUCUCAAUGUCCUAUCAAGUGGGAUGGAUACUCAGAAAAAUUUUGCAGUUGGCCUUUUAAAUGAAGACGAAGCCUGGGACCUGUUUAAGAAGAUGGCUGGUCACUGUGUUGAAAGUUGUGAUUUACAGGCUACAGCUAUUGAAGUAGCAAAGAAAUGUGCGGGACUGCCAAUCGCCAUUGCAACUGUUGCAAGGGCUUUGAGAAACAGAAGUUUGUUUGAAUGGAAGAGUGCUUUGUGUGAACUAAAGAGGCCUUCAUCAAGAGACUUUAAAGGGGUAACAGCCGGCGUAUAUUCAGCUAUAGAGUUGAGUUACAAUUAUUUAGAAAGCGAGGAAGUUAAGUUGACUUUCUUGCUUUGCAGUUUCUUAGGCCAUAAUGGGUUGAUUGAAGACUUGUUGAAAUAUAUAAUCGGUCUGGGUUUGUUUCAUGGCGUCCACACAAUAGAGGAAGCAAGAAACAGAGUAUUGACAGUGGUGAGUAACCUGAAAGCCUCUUGUCUGUUGCUUGAUAGUUACAACAGUGAACGGUUUGAUAUCCAUGACGUUGUUUGGUAUGUUGCUACAUCAAUUGCAAAUAGGGACCUCCGCAUGUUUGCGUUAAUAAAUGGUGAUGUGCUGAAACAGUGGCCUGAAAACGAGGCGAUGAGAAAUUGCAGUGCGAUUAAUUUACUUGAUCCUAAUAUUAGUGAGCUUCCGGAGGAGAUGGAGUGUUCACUUCUUUCCUUUUUCCAUAUGGCCCAUGAAGGUACAGUGAAAAUUCCAGUCAACUUCUUCAGACGAACAGAAAGACUCAAAGUCUUAGAUUUGACUGGAAUGCACUUUCCAUCCCUACCAGUGUCAAUUGAACUCCUCACAAACCUUCACACGUUGUGUCUAAACCAAUGUACACUAGAUGACAUAACCAUCGUUGGGAAGCUCAAGAAUUUAGAAAUCCUUAGCCUUGCUGGAUCAGACAUUAAAGCACUACCUCAGGAGAUAGCACAAUUGACUCAGUUAAGGAUGCUAGAUUUGAGUCAUUGUACUAGACUCAAAAUCAUCCCACCAAAUGUCUUGUCGAGUUUGACCAAAUUAGAAGAAUUAUAUAUGGACAAUAGCUUUGUUCAAUGGGAAGAUGAAGUAGUCGGCAAAGAAAGGAGAAAUGCUAGUCUUGAGGAGUUAAAGCAUUUGUCUCAUCUGACCACAUUUUAUGCUCAUAUUCCUAAUGCCCAAAUAAUUCCAAAACAUGUGUUCAUUGAGGCAUUGGACAGAUACAGGAUUCUCAUUGGAGAUGAGUGGGAGUGGUCCAGAAACUAUGAAUACUCAAGAACAUUGAAAUUCAAGUUGUAUUCAAGCAUUUACAUGGAUCAUGGGGUAAAAAUAUUGAUGAACAAGACUGAAGAUUUACAUCUGGAUCAACUUAAAGGCAUCAAGAAUGUACUUGCUGAGUUAAAUAAUGGGGAAGAUUUUACACAUUUAAAGAAACUUCACAUCCAAAAUGGUCGGAAGGUCCAAUAUAUUGCAACAGAGAAAAUUAAGCUUUCUCAAUUGCAGUCCAUGACACUUGAAGGUCUGCCACAGCUCAUUACCUUUUGCUCUCAAGACAAAAGGUGUUUCACAUCCCAGCAGCAGGGAAACGCGAGCUCCGAGCCCUUGCCACUUUUCAAUAUACAGUUAUGUUACCCACUGGAAGCCUGCCAAUUGUCCUCAAUUAACGCCAAAGAAUAUGCACAGCCAGCUUUUCAGAGGCAUGCUGCAGUUCCUAGCUUGGAAAGGAUGACAAUCUCCCACUUGAGAAAUGUGAAGAAGAUACUUCAUAACGAACUUCUAGCUGGUUCCUUUCGUAAAUUAGAAGAAAUGACAGUUACAAAUUGUGAUGAGUUGUUGACUGUUUUUUCAUCUACUAUAAUCGGAGUAUUCAGCUGUCUGAAAAAGCUCACAGUGAGCGAUUGUGAUUCACUACAACAGAUAUUUGAGGUUGGAGGGUUAAAUAUCAAAGAAAUACAUGCUGUAGAUUGCCAACCAAGAGAAUUGUACAUUUCUGAGGUACCAAAACUGAAGCAUGUUUGGAAUAAUGAUCCCCGUGGAAUUCUCGCAUUUCAAAAUCUACGAAAAGUAGUUAUUACAGAAUGUCCGAGUCUGAAAAAUCUAUUUCCAGCGUCCAUAGCCAAAGAUCUUCCACAACUUGAAUUUCUAGAAGUGACCCAAUGUGGGGUGGAGGAGAUUGUGUCGGCAGGAGAAGGAUUGGAGAAGGCUAUUAGGUUUAAAUUUCCCCAAGUGUCUUCCCUGAGGCUUAGAUACCUGAAUGAGCUCAAAUGUUUCUAUCCAGGGCAACACACAAUAGUUUGGCCGAUGUUGAAAAAGUUGGAGACAGAUUAUUCAACUUUACUAAAGAUAGUAGCUUCCGAACGCCUUAGCAUCCAAGAAAUGAAUGGGAAUGACCAACCGGAAUCCACAAUUCGACGGCCACUUUUCUUGGUUGAAGAGGUAUGA